UAUUUAAACCUCAAGUGUGCUAACCUGAUGAAGCGCAGUGUAUUUAUUUUCGAAAAUAAAGAGUUUGUUUACGUUGGGUCUCUCUUUUAGGGCAAAAACUGAGGGGGUGAACAAUAAAAUCAAUUAGGGAAAUAAUGGACACCCUAAUGUAUAUAUACUAGUUUAAAUUAUGAUGCACUAUAAAAAAAAUAAUAAUGAAAUAAUUUAUGAAAGUAAAUUUUGCUGCAGACUAGUUUAGUUAACAAGGUUAUGUAAUGUACAAAUUACAAGUGAUGGGAGUGGUGAAGACGACUUAAAUAAGAAAGGAAAGCAGGGAAACUAUGGGAAAUCUAAAGCUUCUAUGUAUGGCCGAUUUACUAUCCUGUUCAAUAGUACUACCUUUCAGUGCCUUGCGAUUUUUGAAAGAUACGUGGACUCAUGGAAAAUUAUUAUUUAAGCUAAUACCUUCAUCCAAUAUGGAAACAUUGGAGUAUCGCUGUUGUGCAUUGCAAUGAUAACAAUCAACAGGUAUAUUAUGAUUGCUCAUCACGCUUCGUACGCAAAAAUAUACAAGAAACAUUGGAUUGCUAUCAUGAUAAUAUUUUGGUGGGCAUCCUCCUAUGGUAUGCAAAUACCAACGCUGCUAGGUGUAUGGGGAACGUUUGACUAUGAUGCGAAGUCUGAAACAUGUUCUAUUAUGAAUGCCAUGGCCAGCAAAAUUAACGAACAAAGUGUUGAUGCAGAGUCCCUGGAAAACCACAUUACAGGCGAGAAUAGCUACAAAAAACAAGUAAACAAUUCUUCUCGUACCGCUACACAUGCCACAAGGAGCUCCAUUGGUCAACCAUUCGUCGCAUUUCACAUAAAGAGUCCCGAACAAGAAGCUCCACCGAAUACUCAUGGCAAGAGACGACAUCAUUUUGGAGGAAGAUGAAGUGUCGACGCCACCUCAACCGGAAGUAAAGACGAUGUCAACUAUGAGCAAGGACGGUGUCCUGAAGAAAGUCCCAUAUUAUGGCCAAAAAAUAAAUAUCUCCAGAUAAUGACGUCACACUUAUAGCUAAACCAAAAAUUAUAAAGACUACUUGAUACGCUUUAAUGUUGUUACAAUAUUUAUACAUUUUAUAUAGUUUACAAUAAGUAGAAGUUAAGAAUAUACGAGAUAACAAGAUAAAUUAAGUUUGACUUCGCAAUAAGGCAUUAUUUUUUUGUACCUGUUCGAUUUUUUACGAUUUUCUAACCAAAUAGAAAAUGCAGAGUUUGAAAGUCGAAAUUCGGACUGAAAAGGUUUAGACAACUUAGUAUUGAAUACAGUUAUACAUGAAAUUUAGAGAUAUUAUAUAUUGACUAAGAUUUGUUAUUUAAUCAACAUUUUUCCGUUGAAUAUAUAUUGAUUUCGAAUUAAAGUAUAUUAUAAGCGUAAUAGC